CGACAAGAAAGCGAGGUCCUCAUCCGACCCUCCAUGGGAGGGAGAAUACGGGAGGGGGCCUGGGCCUGGUGGCGUUUCUCAAUUUUUUCCAGAUGCACUUCGGCAGCCAUGCUCACAAGCAGCCAACCAUCACGUUCCAUAAUUCCAGAUUCAAGGCGACGAUAUCCUCUCAGUUCUAAUUUGGGGACCUCUUCAGCUAAGCUAGUCUGCACGUAUCAGCAUCCCUCAAAGAAUGUUCCCGGUCCCGCCCCCCUAUUCGUCCGAGGACUGUGACUGUAGGGCUCACAUACGAAGCCCCCCCUCCUCAACCCGAAACUCAACGUCUCUUGAGAUGACGGCCUGCAGGUUGUUUUCGAGGGCGCCGUGUGCCUUGUUCUCCUUCAUGGCUCGCCUCGUAUACCGCCUAAAGGGAAGACGCCACACACAUACACACACACACACAUACUCCGUACAUGCUCGUACGUCGUCGAAGCAAAACGCAGGGCCUGUUGUCCAUGGGAGCG